AUGAUUCCCCAUUUUCCUUCCCCCGUUCUUUCCGUGGCCGCUGACGUUGUGCAGGAACUCGAGGGAGAGGAUGCCCUCUACGGCUUAUGGACAUUGUUCACAAAGUGCAAGGAGUCCCUCAAAGACGGCCGUCGUCUCGAGAAUCUUUCUUGGCGUCUCUGGUAUCGUGAGAUUGCCGCAUCGCACACCCCGUCUUCUUCCCCAGGUUCUCUGUCCCCUUCGUCUUGCGGCAGGCGAAGUCCCACGCCGAUCACUCCAGUCUCUGAGGAUGGUCCGGGGCGCGACGAUGGUACUUCUCAACCAUGUUUGCAUACCGGUCCUGCGCCCUCUACUGCUCAUUCUUGGCAUGGAGACGUCGCACAACUAUCCGUUGUUACCGCCAGUCGUCGCCUCAGUAUCGCUAGUGCUCCUGCAGACCGCCCCCAGCCUACGAUUGCUGUAGGCAGGUUCCUCAUCGAUAUCUUACCUACUAAGCUAGAUAUCGCGGCACACAAGAAAUCGAUCGGGUCUCCUCGAGGCACCUUCGCGCAUGUGCCCCCAUCCUCGGCGCUUCCUGUCAUUGUUCAGCCGCGUCCGGUCGUUGCGAUCCAGGUUCACAGCACACCUUCAGUACCAGCACCAGCUUUUCCUCGUGUCGUGGUUGUGAAUCCCACUCCUCAUCCGACACCACCAGCGACGCCGAACAUUUCCCGCGGUGCCCAGGCACCCUCUGUCACUCCUGCUGCCACCCAUCUACUUCCGCCGCCUCCCACACGGAAUAUGGUCACGGCACCAACUACCGCCACUCCCGUCAAGGCGACUGUCACUUCGAGCCAACCGGCGGUAAUGGAACAAUCCGCAUCAUCAAUGUCACAUGUCUCACAGACUCGUAACUGGGCGCACUGCGACGAUGCAACUCUCAAACCCUCCGAUAGGCGCUUCUUCCUACAAGAGGUAGUUCAUUCACCAGAACGGGACUCGGUCGAUAGCAGUUCGCAACCAGCUGAUGCAAGAUCCGAAUCGCACGAACAAAGUCCGAGCAGCACCGCGUCUAGUCAGCUCAAAUCUGAUGCGCGGUCAGCGGGCGCGGGGACAAAGCGUGGAACAGCCAAGACACAAUGCAGGAAAAGCAGAGAGCCAGUGCGCCACGUUCGCCCUACUGCAAUCCAUCGGACUCAGACGCAGAUGCAGCUUCAUCGUCCGGCUGCUCAUCGGAAGGCAGGGAAUGGGGAUGCGAAGAAGACGACUUUCAACAUCGGGUCGGCGUCGUCGAACGGUUCACGAAGUGUUGUUCCGGGUCCAUCGCGACAGGUCCACAAAGAGCACAAAGAGUUGAUCGCUCCCAAGGUUCGUCACUCAGAACCCGCGAAACAGACCAAUGGACUUGUACCCGAACGAAAGAACAUUGUCGUGAGCUCCUCAUCGGAUUAUACGGAUUCAGACGAUGAUUCGGAGUGGGCAUCAGAAGACAACAGUACGGAAGAGCGUGACCGGUUGGAGCGCGAGCGCGAGGAGACGCGUCUGCGCGAGGCAGCAGAGGAGGCACAGCGCCAGCGCGACAUGUUCGCGAAGGUGCCAAAACGGUCGUAUUCCAAUCUCAACCGCACAGGUUCCGGACUACUGUCGCAGCUCCUCAACCCUGAUCCAAAUAUCUUCCCACCGAGCCACCCAUAUCGCGUGCGAGGCUUCUCGUCACAGGACAUGACGCAGCUAAAGCGGCAAGCUGCGCCGCCCUCGCUUUCGACCAGUAAGAGUACGGUCUCGAUGGGUCUCACGCAAAUUACGGCCCAAGCACCGCCAACUAAUGGUGGUGAUGAUGGUGCAAAAGGUAGACAGCGGCAGAAGGGUCGGCCACAGAGUGCUGAAUUGGAGGACGAUAGCGACAGCGGUGAGGAGAGCGUCGGCAACACUAUCCAGGUCUCCCGCAGCCUCGCACAGCAGAAGUUAGCCGCGCUCGCCGACCCGAAUCGGAGACGACACUCCGAUAGGGGACCACCGCCCGCAGAGCCUGUCGUGCGUCCGCAGUUCCCGUCAGUCGCUACCGCGCCUAUACCACUCGGACAUCCUUACAAUCUCCCUGCGCCCGCACCACCGAUGACUCCGCGCACAACACGUCGGCAGAUGCUCUCCACGGAGCUAUCUGAAAGCUUGCGCCGAAAUUUGCUUUGGGAGCGACAGGUCAGCAGAAAUAACAUGACCGGUGCGCGCCGUGGUGGCUUGCUCGGUAACGGUCUACGCCCGUUGACUGCUGUGAACACUGACGCCCCAAGGCAAAAUGAGCCGGGUACCAGAAGCGGCAACGAAGCCGACGACAGGGAAGCGCGGAGGCAGCGUGCGGCCGCGCGCAAUCGUAGUUGGGCAGACGACUACCACUUCGUUGGGUGGUAG